UUCUUCUCCACUAGACACUACUAGCACAGUAAUAAGCACUAUGUUUUGGCUACAAAAAGAGAAGUAGAUUUAGGGGUUUUGAGUAAGCAUACUACUAAAUCGAGAGAUGGAGCAAACGGUAUUUAUUAGAAAAGACUGUAAAGUAGAAGUUUAUUGUGAAGAGGAGUUUAAAGAGUCUUGGUACAGAGCGAUUCUGGAAGAUGACCCAACGGAAUCAGGACGCAAAAAGCUUAAAGUUCGUAACUUGACGCUGCUCGAUAAGGACCCUUGGUCUCCUCUAACGGAAUUCGUCGAUCAGAGCUUAAUUCGACCUGUCCCACCGGAGGAUCUGAACGACGGCGUCGUUUUUGAAGAAGGUUUGAUGGUCGACGCUUAUCUCAAAUAUGGGUGGUGGACUUGUGUGGUAAUCAAAACAUUGGAGGAUGAGAAAUGUUGGGUUUAUUUCGAUUCCCCACCAGACAUCAUUGAGGUUGAGAAUAAGAAAUUGAGGGUUCAUCUCGAUUGGACCGGCUUCAAAUGGGUCCGACCUGAUAAUAAGGAAUUGGUCAAGUCUGUUGUUUAUAGUUGCGGGACAAUGGUGGAAUUGAGACUGGAUUUUGCUUGGCUUCCGGUGAUUGUCAUUAAGGAGUUGGAGAAUGGGAAGAGGUUUAUUGUCAAGCACUGGGAUAAGUCCUUCACCUGCAGGGAGGAAUCAGGAAUCAUAACCGUUGAUUCCCUUAGUGUCAGGCCUAAGCAGCCUCCUUUUUCUGUCGGAGGGUUUGAUUUGUUGGAUCAUGUAGAGGUGUUUAGUCAUUUUGAAUGGCGUCAAGGUGUGGUGAGGGGAAUUGUCUUUGAGGGACGAUACAUGGUAAGUUUCGGGGCAACAAGGGCCGCGUCGCAAUUCAGUCAUUCAGAUCUUAGGCCUCCAAUGGAGUGGAAAGAUGGAAUUUGGCAUAAAAUAACAAAGCCAAAAGGUCAAAAAAAAACUUCUUUAGACGGCAAAAGAAACAAGUCAGUGGCUUUGGACACUGGAAAUGUGCAGACAAAGGAACUGCCGGGAAAUGGGAUGGCUAACAAUGUAGUAAAUGAAAAAGGAUCUGGUUCACAUAUAACCCAGGGCAUGACUGCAACAAUGAACAAAACCCAGGGAAAGAUAUCCCCUGAGCCAAUGAAGAAUCAAAUUGGCUCGAGAAAUGAGCCAACUCGAGAGAAGCAUUACAGCAAAGUUUACACUCGGAAGAGGAAGAGAGGACAACUAGAACACAAUUCAGACCUCAAUGAGACUGGUAUGUUUCAACUCUCAUUGGACCUUCUGGAAUUUAGGAUCUUCUUGCAAUGGUCAAAAGUGUUAUCCUCAGAUCGGACCCCCAAUGUGGUGAAGAAUGUUGGUUCUAAUGUUGAGGAAACCCAAGCAAAGGAUACAGAAAUGGUUUUGCCUUUCGUGAAGAAGUCACCGUGUUGGAAGAUAUAUGAAUCAACCGAGGUCUUCAAAAGAGUACCACAAAGUCCUCAUUUCAGCCCAUUAUUAAAGAGUAAAGAAGAUUUCCGUGAAGGGUAUGCAUUAGGUCUGAUGGUGAUUUAUUCUGGGUUACUGGAGAAAUUUAAAGAUCUUGAAACCGACGUUCCCGUAAGCCAACUAAAUAGCCUCAAAGAUUCAUUUUCAGAGCUAGAGAAAUACGGUUUCAGUGUUACAACGGCUUUAUCACGGAUCGACAAGCUGUUGGCACUCAAAGAUAGACAACUAGAUAUAUUGGAGGAACUAAAAGGUUUUGACAAAGAGAUGACGGAUGAAUCUAGCAAUAAUCGAAAGGCUAAACAAGAGUUUGAUAAGAUAGAACGAAAGAUUCUUGAGCUGCAUAGGCAAGAAGCCGCUCUAAAAAAACAAAAAGAAGCAGCAAAAGAACAGAAAGAUGCAGCCUACAAAAAGAUAUGUCAGAUGGAGUCAUGCGCAAAAGAUCUUGAUGUAGAGCUUGAAGGUGUGGAGUUUGAGUUUGAGACAAUUUUGUCGGCUCCCUGGUGAAAGAAUAAGCCAAAAGGAAAAAAAGUACAAAGUGUAAUUUAAGAUCAGAGUCAAAUGUGUUUUUGAACGUGGCAGAGACUUGUGAAGUAAGAGAUCUAGUCUAUAUUUUGGUCGCCGGGUCAUGUAGAGAAGAAUGUAUGUAAUCCCCUGUAUAAUGAGGCUAACUUUUGCACAAAAAAAAAAAAAA